AGAAAUGGACCACACAAUAAUUUGCCAUUUUCCAACAUCUAUUCGUAAAGCAAUGGCUUUGCAAACAAACAACAUCCACAUAUAAUCAAAAUUAUUCAUGGCAAUAUCUGCUAGUUUUAGACCAUUGAUUUCCUUCAAAGUAGAAGCAUAUGGCAGCAGAGAAUCAAGAGAAAGAACAAGAAGAGUCAGAGAGACAGGAAGGAGAGAGAUUCUUCUUUCAACUGUUAAAACAGCAGCUGUUGCGCUGGUCACUGACUCCAAAACUCAGCUUCUUGAUGAGUAUCUGAAGAAAUCACAAGAAAACAAGGCCAAAAAUGACAAGGAGAGACUGGAUAGUUAUUACAAGCGCAACUACAGGGAUUAUUUUGGGUUAUUAGAAGGAUCUCUCAAGCAGAAGACAGACCUCUCUGAAUCAGAAAAGGGCAUUCUUGAAUGGCUUGAGAGCAAUAAAUAACUUCAUGUAGACAUCACCAACUUUGUACCAAAGUUUUUCACUUGGCUUAAUCUUCCUCUUGGAAUUGCUAUUCACAUCUUCAAUUAAUUUGUCUAGUUUAGUAUGUCGGAAGCUAGCAUAUCCAUAAUAACUAUAUCGACUCUAAAUGCUUUCCAUGUAGUUAAGCUUAAACUCGA